AUGGACGCCGCAAGCAGUGAGUGUCCAGGGGAUGCGACUCGUGGUGAAGCUGCGGAUUCUGCCGAGGCUGUGGCUCUUGCUGCGGAUUCUGCCGAGGCCGAGGCUCUUGCUGCGGAUUCUGCCGAGGCUGUGGCUCUUGCUGCGGAUUCUGCCGAGGCUGUGGCUCUUGCUGCGGAUUCUGCCGAGGCUGUGGCUCUUGCUGCGGAUUCUGCCGAGGCAGAGGCUCUUGCUGCUGAUUCUGCCGAGGCUGUGGCUCUUGCUGCGGAUUCUGCCGAGGCAGAGGCUCUUGCUGCGGAUUCUGCCGAGGCCGAGGCUCUUGCUGCGGAUUCUGCCGAGACCGAGGCUCUUGCUGCGGAUUCUGCCGAGGCUGUGGCUCUUGCUGCGGCCUCGGGGUUUGAGAGCGAGGUCGAGGUGGCGGGUGGAAGCUUGAGCUUCCCAGGCUUUCACUCGAGCGGGGCGUCGUUGGAAGCGAGCAGGGCAUCGAUGGUCUCAAACAGAGAGAGUCCCAAGACUUUGGGCAGCAACAAGGUGGAGGAGCCGACGAAGAUUUUGUCUGCCAAGUCCAAGAGCAAGGCCGACGAGGAAGAACAGGCGCUGCGGAUGCUGUUGGCCGGCGAAUCGCUGCGUAUGUCUUCGCAGGAGCGCGAUAUAUUCUACGCAAGCUCGACGUCGCUAAUUGGGCGCGAGCUGACCCGUGAUCUCGAGCCGAACGACCGCAUGCAGCUGCAAGAGGCCGGCGUGCUCGACGCGCGCGGAAGGCUGCUCGCACAGACACCCAUCGUCUCACCGCAGUUUCUCGACUCUGCAAAGAGCUCCAGUACUUCGGAUCAGAUGCCGACGCCGCAUGUGUGUGAUCUGGGCGAACUGGGGCUGGACCUGCUGUCGGACGGCGAGCACACGACAAGCGUGUCGUCAGACAGUGGGGACUCGAUGUCGGACGAGGAGGCACAGUUCGAGAUCCGGUGCGAGCUGGCACGGAUGAACCUGCGGUCGCGGGGCGAAGCGGUCAUUCCCGCGUCACUGAUGGCGCUGGUAGAGACGUGCUCGGCUUCGACGUCGCCGCAGAUGACGCGGAGCAACAGCGGCGAUGACGACGACUGGUGGCCGCAGCUCAAGGUCCGCGAGCACAAUCUGGCGGCCGAGGACAUGGCGCAGAUGUUCAACGACCCUGAAGGGGGUCAGACCCAGUUUCUAGUCGAAGCCUCACCGGCAGUGGUCUUUGGCGAGCUGCUCAACGCCGUGCUCGAUGUGACCGACUCGGAGUUUGGCCUCAUUGCCGAGGUUAUCUUGCACGAGGGCAAGCAAGUGCUCUUUACGCGCGCGGUGACGAACAUUGCGUGGUCGGAGUCUAUCCGGGCGCCGGUUGUGGCCAACUCGCCCGAGACCGAUGAGAGGCGUGCCAAGUCUGGGUUGCCCGAGGGCCACCCUGCUAUUGCGACGUACAUGGGCGUGCCCCUGAUGCACGGAGACGAAGUGGUGGGCAUGAUCGGAGUGGCCAACCGGCCGCUGGGCUACUCGUCGGCGCUGGCAGCGUUUCUGGAGCCAAUGCUUAUCACGGCGGCGAACCUGCUAGUGGCCGAGCAGCAGGUGUGCUCGCGCAAGCUCGCCGAGCGCAAGCUGCACAAGCUCAAGGCACGGCUGGAGAAGCGUGUGGCGAAGCGGACCGCCGAGCUGCGAUCAAGGAACGCCAUGCUGCGGGCAACUGUCAUCCGGCGGAUCGAGAUGGAGCGGAUUGCGGUGUCGUUUGCCAAGUCGCAGGCCUCGUUCCUCGCCAAGAUGUCACAUGAGAUUCGGACACCGCUCAACGGAGUCAUCGGCAUGUCCGAGCUUCUUCAGCUCACCCCGCUCAACGAUGAACAGCGGCAGUUCAACACUACUAUCAAGUCGUCUGCCUCGGAGCUGCAUGCCAUCAUCUCGGACGUGCUUGACUUUUCCAAGAUGGAGGCUGAGAGCAUCAACAUCGAGCACAUUCCGUUUGACAUGCUCGACAUGCUCCAGGGUGUUGCGGCCAAGUUUGAGCCGUCCGCGCAUGACAAAGGCGUCCGGUUCAACGUCAUUGUCGACUUGAAGACCGGCACGACGUUCCGCGGCGACGCAGCACGGCUGCAGCAGGUCCUUACCAACCUCGUCGACAACGCGGUCAAGUAUACGACGACUGGGCGGGUAACGCUACGGACGACGGUCCGCGAGACCGAGCGCAGCGGCGAGAAAGGCGAUUUGUGGCGCCAGGUCCUCGCGCUCACCGUGGCCGACACCGGGUCGGGUAUUUCACCCGACCGGCUGCCAACCCUCUUUGAACCGUACCAGCAGCAGAGCCUCGGCUCGGAGACCGGCCGCAUGCACACAGGCACCGGGCUCGGUCUCGCGAUUUCCAAGAAGCUUGUCGACGCCAUGGGCGGCGAGAUCUUUGUGGCCUCGACGCUCGGCGAGGGCACCUGCUUUACGGUUGCCGUCGGACUCGAGCUCCUUGGUAUCUACUCGAUCUCGUCAACAUCAGUGGCACCUGUGGCCUUGUCAACGCCGGAGCUGCUCUCCGAGCUUGGCUCUGUCUCUGACUCGACCUCGGCCACCGGGACAGACACUGGGCUGUCUGCGGCUUCGGACACAGUCUCCCAGUCUAUGACUGCCUCGUUUUCGGCGUCGGUGUCGCUGCCGACGAUUCCGGAAGGGUGCGUGGUGGAGAACAUCGAGCAGAGUGUACCGUUUAUCAACGCGCGGAUGCUGCUGGGACGAGCGCCGAUCGGUGCGAGCAGUGUUCUUGUUGUUGACGACGACGAGGAGGAGCUGGAUGCGCUGAGUGACAUGCUGCGGGCCAUGGGCAUGGAGGUGACCGCGUUGACGAGUGGGACAGGGGCGAUGCUUGCGGUUGCCAAGAAUAUGGCACAGGUUGCCGGCGGGCUUGCUGAGGCGUUUGACAUCAUUUUGGUCUCGUCGGAGCUCAAGGGCUUUCACGGCGGGGCGCUUGCGGCCAAGAUGCAGCAGAUGCCACAGCCGCCACCGACCAACACCUUGUUUGUGGCGGUUGUGCGGCCGUGCGAGAUGCAUGGCGAACUGACGGAGGUGUUUGACGGCAUGCUUCCGCGGCCAGUCCUCCCGCACAUGCUCAGCAACGCAAUGGCGAUGCUGGCGCAGGCCGGAUCCUCGCACGAGACGCUUGUCUCGUUCUCGCUCUCGACCGACAUGCUGUCGCAGACGACGCGUAAGGUGGACCUGAGCAAGAUCGACGAGCUUCCAAUUUUGCCGUCGUCUGUCUUUCGGGUCCUUGUGGUCGACGACAACGCGACCAACCUCGAGGUAGCCAAGCUGAUGCUCGCGCGACUGCGGCUUGAGCCAGAACUUGUGGACGACCCUCUGGAGGCUGUCAAGCGGAUCAGCAAGAACGCGUACUCACUUGUCCUGCUCGACUGCUUCAUGCCUGCGCUCUCAGGUUACGAGGUGGCGCAGCAGGUGCGUGCGGCCGAGACCGCGGCGGCAGACGGGCGGCACACCCGAAUUGUGGCCAUGUCUGCGGCCGUGUACGCGGACGAGGUGGAAAAGUGCCUCAUGGCGGGGAUGGACGGGUUUAUUGCCAAGCCACUUGUCCUCGCUACGCUCUACGACAUGCUCAUUCGCGAGUUGAGUGGAUACGCGUCGGCGAUUGCCGGCGAAGCAGCGCGGAUGGCGCUGAUGCGGUCUCGGGCACGGUCGGUGCGAUCGGACCUGUCGGGCUCGAUUGCCCUUGGUGACUUGGGGCUGGCGUACUCGGGCUCGUUCAAGUCGUCGGCGUCGGGUGGUGGCUCUAAGACCUUGUCGUCGUCGCUGUCGCGAGGCCACGUCGGGAGCGAGCACGACGCGUGGUCUAUGUCAGACGAUGGAAAAUCAUCCGAGGCAUCGCCGCGCGCCAGUGCGAACUCGAGAAGCCUCGAGAAGCCGCAGCCAGACAAGGAUGGGCAGGACGAAGCUGGUGAGAAGAAGCGGAAGAAGAAGCGGAAGAAGAAGCGGAAGAAGAAGCGGAAGAAGAAGCGGAAGCGGAAGAGGAGACAGAACAAGAGCAAGGCUAUGUUCUCGUCGCUGUCGUCCGGGACGUCGUCGUCAUCGUCGUCCGCAGACGGGUCUGAGUCGGCGACGUGGAUCUCGCAGUCGCUGACUUCAGGGACCAUCUUUAACAAGGCGCUCUUUACCGGCAACGUGCUGUCGCAUCACCAGCAGGUCUCGUCGCCGAGUCCGUCGAAGAGGACGCGCGAGAGGCGGGUGAAGCAAUUGCAGGGCAGAAAUAUUUCGGGCGACUCGAUGGACUCGGGCUCGACACUGUUCUCGAUGGAAGGCCACAAAGGCGGGUCGAUGAUGAAGGCAGCAAGCCGAGCGAGCGACGCCAGCUCGCUGUUUUCCGGCCAAGUCCGUGACGCCAAGCAAGCGAAAAAGUCGAGCGUGUUUGAACAUGAGAGCUCAGUCAGCACACUGUCUGAAGGCAUGUUCUCUGAUUCAAACGAGCAGGUAGCGAUGGUGGCGUCGUCGUCGCUUGUCUCGUCUGUUGGGCCGCCGUCGUCACCGAGCGACAAGCGGCAGCGUGUGCGGCACACGGUGGGCCUCAUUCCGCUUGGACGAUCGGUCAAGACGCUGCCUGGUGGAGUCGGGCACGGAGCCGAGGAGAAGGAGGAUCCAGAUGAUGGUGGGCAAGGCGGCGAGGUGGAGGACAUGGACGGCGUGGAUCUGACGUGGUUGUAUGUAGUGGGCAUUGUUCUUGUUGCGGUUGUGGCCAACCAGCUUUUGUAG